AUACAUAAUAAAAGCUAUAAAUGGCUUCGAGUGAUAAGUCACCGUCUCCGAUGCCGGUGCCGGAGAAGAAGAAGAUACCGCCGGGAAAGGCUAUGACGGUGGAACAACACGUGUUGGACGCAGGAGCAGAGAUGAUGCAGUCGUUGAAACCAGUGAAGAAGAUGAAUCAACACGUGUGCAGCUUCGCUCUAUACAGUCACGACAUGACACGUCAGCUGAUGACUCAUCAUUACGUCACUCGACUCAACCAGGAUUUUCUCCAGUGCGCCGUUUACGAUUCUGACCAUAUCUCCGCUCACCUCAUUGGAGUGGAAUAUAUCGUUUCGGAUAAGGUGUUUGAGACUUUACCUCCACAGGAACAAAAGCUUUGGCAUUCUCAUGCUUAUGAGGUGAAAUCAGGGCUGUGGGUGAAUCCACGUGUACCAGAAAUGUUAGGAAAAUCUGAGCUGGAAAAUAUGACCAAAACUUAUGGCAAAUUCUGGUCCACGUGGCAGACCGAUAGAGGUGAUCCGCUUCCAAUGGGUGCACCGGCACUGAUGAUGUCGCCUCAAGCGGUGAGUCCCGGGAUAGUGAAGCCGGAGCUGGUGAGAGAAAGAGAUGAGAGGUACAACAUAUCAACAGAAGCACUGGGAGUGUCUAGGGUUGAGAUUUCUGAGUCCGAAUGGAUUAAUCCUCAGGCUGACUAUUGGAAGCAACAUGACAAUAAGGGUUUCGCCAUUGAUAUUCAACCCACUCAUAUCAAGCUCUAGUUCUAGUUCUCUCACUAUAAUAUACAUAACUAAUAAAUCUAAUAAAUUAGUAUUACUUAAUUAUUAGUGUAAUAAAGAUAUGUAUUAUGUGUGCAAGUACAAUUAUUAUAGAUCAUAUGUAUAUAUAUAUAUAUUAUGCAUGUUUUAUUGCCUUU